AUGUUAAUGUGGAAGUACGACAUGAAAGUAGAUUCAGUACUAGAAGUGACAAAAGAAGAUUACGAUAGCUGUAACACAGCAAAGCCCUUGAAGCAAUACAAGGAUGGACACACUGAGGUUCAUCUUGACAAAUCUGGCCCUUACUUCUUCAUUAGUGGUGCUCCUGGAAACUGCGCUAAAGGUGAAAAGAUUACUCUUGUUGUUUUGUCUGAACGACCAUCCGGUGAUGGCAGUGUCGCUCCUAAGGCUUCUCCUGUUAGUCCUACAGCUCCGGCUCCAGCUCCCCAUAACGCUGCUGGUGGAUUAAAGGUUGCAAGCGGUUGGUUCUUGACCGCAGUUGUGAUUGGUUUGGCUAUGGCUUAAUUGGAGAAGUCAAUCGAGAGAUUGUAGUUUUUUUUUUUUUACUAAGUUCAAUCUUUUAGCUAAAUUUAGUUUUUCUAUUUCCAGAUUGUUGAAGUUUGUUUUGUUGCUUUAGUUUUCAUCAUCAUAAGAUAUCUAUCUUUCUGUUUUAUGUUAAGUGUUUGGGAUAUUUUCACUCUCAAAACUUUUAAUCUAUAGUUUGUUCUUGC